AUCCUGUACACAUCUCCCCGCGUCGUCCUCGUCGCCCCUCGCGCUGCACCCCAUGACGAGCUUCGAGAAGACCGUCAAGCUCGCCUGCAAGCCCAAGGCCGCGCCGCCCAAGUCCAAGUAUCUUGACCCCAUCAUCGCCGCGACUUGGUCAGAGGACGGCGCGGUACACGAUGUCUGCAAGGCCCUCUCCCCGCGUUUCCGCGAGCCGAACGUCAUCGUCGUCUUCAAGGCGUUGAUCGUUCUCCACACCAUGAUCCGGAAUGGCGCUACCGACAACAUCCUCCAGUACCUUUCCUCCUCCGAUGUGUUGAAGCUGCGCAAUGUUUCGACCGGCACCUGGGAAGGGUACGAUGCUCCGCAGAACCUGCAGAACUACUCGAAAUACCUGGACACACGGAUACGAGCGUACCGCGAGCUCAAGCAUGAUGCGAUUCGGGUGCAGUCCGAAACCAACCGAGAUAUGCGCAACUCCCAGGCGAUCGACGAAGAGAUGGACCACGGUUCGCGGAAGCGCGGCAAGAACCCGCCCCCGGCUCCCACCAGCUCUCUCCAGCGGGGCAAGACGAUGUCUGGGCGGAAACUGCGUGUCAUGACGGUAGAGAAGGGCCUACUGCGCGAGACGAAGGUUGUUCAGAAGAUGGUGGACGCGUUGGUCGAAUGUCGGUUCUACCUCGACAAUCUUGAAGACGAGCUAAACGUGACUGCACUCUCGAUGCUGGUGAAGGACCUCCUGAUCCUCUUCCAAGCUUGCAAUGAAGGUGUCAUCAACGUGCUUGAACACUACUUCGAGAUGUCACACAUCGACGCCGAAGAGGCACUCGCUAUCUACAAGCACUUCUGCAAACAGACAGAGCGCGUAGUGGAAUACCUCGGGGUCGCGAAGAAGCUGCAGAAUCUGCUCAACGUUCCAAUACCGAACCUCCGACAUGCGCCCGUCUCUCUUGCCAGUUCUCUCGAGGAGUACUUGAACGAUUCAAACUUCGAGCAAAACAGGAUCGAGUACAAGACCCAAAAGGAGGCAGCGGAACGUAACGCCAGGCUCGGCAUCAAGUCAAGUCCUAAGCCCGCGGAGAUCGCACCUAUGCCGAAAGCGCCAGAGGCAAGCUCCUCAUCAGACUCAGGCACGAAGACCCCCGGACAGAAAGCCUUGAUUGACUUCUUCUCCGCCAUCGAGGAAGAACAACACACCAUGUUCAACCCACAGACGAACAGCCCGACUAGCAAUUACUUCCAGCAGCAGGCUAUGCAGAACCCCUUCCAGCAACAGAUGGUGACGGGAGCAGCGUUCGCAGGCGCGCAAGCGUUCGGACAGCAACCGCAGCUGCAAGGACAGCCCACAGGUUAUGUAUACGCCCAGAACACGGCGGUUCCCAUGAUGGGCGCGACGAACCCCUUUGGGAUGCAGGCUACCCAUCAACCUGUCCAACAGUUCCAGCCGUUCCUAGCUCCGCAACAGACAGGGUUCUUGCAGCCACAGAUGACAGGCGCCAACCCGUUCCGACAGAGCACACUCUUCCCGCAGAGCACAGGCAUGCCGUCAUUCGGCCAGAACAUGGGCGCGCCCCAAAGCACCAACCCCUUCCCUGUACAGAACCAGCAGCCACCUCAGCAGCCACAGCCGCCACAACAACCUCAGCAGCAGGCGAACCCGAUGCAGAACUUCAGCCAAUUCCAGCAGCCCCAGGCGGGACAGCCGACUGGCCAACCGUCCUUCCCCUUCUCGAACCAGUUUACCGGCGCACCGAGCGCCUCGCAGAGCGGGUCGAACAUCGCUCAGCCGUUUGCUCAGUCAGCGUCAGCAUCGGCGUCGUCAUCUGGGCCGGUACCGCCGCGUUCGGCGACAGCGCCGCUCACCGGCCCCGCACCUUCCUUCUCGUCAGGGUCCUCCGGCCCGCCGCCAGCGCAGCCGGUGAGGACACACCAAACUGGUUCGCGGAAUCCGUUUGGUCAAGUGGUCGAGCCUGCGCCGCCUGUGCCGCCUGUGCCAAAGCAGCCUACGCUGUUGGACCUCGCUAUGGGCUACGGGAGCCAGAACAAUACGCAAGGGCAGCAACAACAACAGCAGCAGCAGCAGCCCAUGCAGACGGGUGCAUUCUCGUCAUCGUCGUUCAGCAACUUCGGUUCGAGCGGUUCUGGCUCGCAGCCGAACACCAACGGUACUGCAGCGAACGGUUCCGUCAUGGCUAGCAUAGCUUCCUCCUUCGCGUUCUCAGACUCGAAAGGUGGCUUGUCACAGCCAGGCUCCUCGUUCGCCUCGCCACUCACUUCCCAACCUACGUCAAGCACCACAUCCGGCUCGACGUUCUCAGACUCUCUUUUCUCGUCACUCUCUUCGCAGCCCACGGGCGCGACCUCCACGACGGCUCCUUCCAUCUCCAUCUCCUCCGCCGGCAGCGCGCCAUUGCGGCCACAAACGACUGGGUUCAGCGGGCUCAAGGCGUUCAAGCCGUCGUCCUCGUUCGGCGCCGCCCUGCUUGAAUCGCUGCCCCCCAUCCCCGCCUCUAACCCCUCUACCCCCGCGACGUCCCCGCCGCCGUCCAACCCGGGCUCCACUCUCGGGUCCCAGCCGACAGGCUUCCCUGGGUUCUCGGGGCAGGCAACAGGGCUGGGCACGUCGUCACUAGGCGUCGGUCUUCGCCCGCAGGCCACAGGCACCGCACCACAGGCGAACCCGUUCCGUGCGUCGAUGUUCUCGACGACGGGGAACCCUACGGGCGGUGCGUUCAGUGGCUCGACUUCGACUCCCUCGUUCGGUGCGGGUGGGGCUGGGCUGGGCUCGUCGCCGUCGCCGUUCGGCCUGAACGCGAACCCUACUGGCGCGCCCUCGUUCGGCGGUGGCGCGUCGUUCUUCGGUGGCAGCUUCAGCCAGAACCAGCAACAACAACAGCAACCACAGCAGCAACAGGGCGGCACCGCGUCGCUCAUAUAAUCCGCCCCCUCCCCCUUGUGCUCUGGUCUCCCCGCCCCGCCUUUUCCCGCCCCUUGCUAGUUGUACCUAAUCUUGAUUCGCGGCUCCGACCCGACUUGGCGGCACCGGCGCACCCGUUUCUCUUUUACGUGUAGUUUAACGCUUUCCACGCUCCCCUUCCUAUUCAUGACGCGCAUGCUUUCGCUUUCGGUACGUCGACACGGACAUCCUAUUGGGCGGGCGGGAGGAGGGCCGAGGGGCUCUAGGGGUUUGGUUUUGUGGAGGGAGUGGGUGAGGGGAGGACGGGGCGGUAGGGAGGAUACUGGGGAGCGCUGCAGCGGCCCUGCUUCGGUACGCUACGAUACAUGACAUGGUUUUCGACAUCUCUGGAGGUAGAGAGGAUACCCGGCGCAAGUGUAUACUUUGACUCAUCC